AUGAGUAAUCAGGCGUCAGCACACAUCGAUUCUUCGUCAUGCAUUGAAUGGACGUGGUUAUCAGACUCGAAUCCAUCGGUGGCAUCUCAGUCAAUCGAAUGGAGUCGUUACUCGGAUGUGGAAAAUCGUAUUAUCGAAGAAGCAUUCAGAGCUGGACUACCGAUUGCUACAUUAGACGAUGCCUACAUUGAUUUUGAAAAUAGCAUUCAAGUGUCUAAUAAUGAUAUUAACGAUCAAAGACCUAUCCAACGACAGGUGCGGCAUAGAACUGAUACACAUUUACGAGAAGAACGUUUUACGAUAAAUCCAAUUCCAGCAAAAAAUCCCUUUAGCGGUCUAAAUGGUUGGACUUCUGAUUUCAUAGUACAUGCGAAAAAAGAGUUGAAAAUGAAAAAAGAUCAAUUACCAUCAAAUAAUCCAAGAAUAAUUCCAAUGCUUGUUGACAAAGCCGCUCAAGGUAUUAUUGAAGAAGGUAAAAAUGCAGACAAAACACGUGAAGCUGAAUGGAUGGCCAAUCAACUGAUGCAAGAGAAAAAUAAUGGAUUGAAAAAAAUCUGGAAGUGUUGCGCUCGUCUUUACACGAUGGAAAGUUUUUUGUACAAGAAAAUCAAUGAGACGAUGAGAUUAAUAGGAAGUAAAGAACACGAAAAUGUCUGGAGAAGCAAAAUACGCACAUUUGGACCGUUCUGUAUACUCCUGUGGGAUGAUCCUUACAAUCAUCUACCACUCACUGGAGACAAAAUGCUAUAUCGAGGAGCUAAUUUAUCCGAUGAUUUGAUCGCCCAAUCUAAAGCUGAACAAUUUGGUAAUGUUUUGUUCGUCAUGCGAGUCAAUUAUGCUUAUACAACAGAUCUUAGCCCAUUAUCUGAAUAUCCAGAUGAAGAAGAAGAACUUAUUCAUCCUGGUGUUUGCUUCACUAUUGAUGGUGUUCGUUAUGAUGCCAUCAAGAAUAAAAAUGAAAUCUAUCUAACUCUUAAACAUAAUGUUGAUGAUAUAGAUAAAAAGAUUUUUUUUGCUGGAUCAGCCAUGCUGAUGAGAGAUUUUUUUCGUUUAGAUGAUCGUGCCAAUCCUGCUGUUCGUCUUUAUAAUGGUUUUUGCCGUGCUAGUAGUGCGAUCUUACUGCCUCUUAUGGAUGCUGUGAGUGCUGCACGUCCUGGUCCUAGUGCUGGAGGUGAUUAUCGUAUUAGUCGUAUGACUAAUGGUGGCUUUUAUCGUGAUCGUAAUGGUACACUUCGUGAAGAUCCUACUGGUACUCUUGCUGAUGAUUGUUAUCGUCGUGCUCAGAAAGUUCCUCGUUAUGAUCUUGAUUAA